GCUGGGGCGUGUUCUGUCAGUUUUCCUUGGCAGCACCACGCUCCCCUUUGACAGAGCUUUGCUAGCUGUCGCGCACUGUAAUUCGCAAGCCAUUCAAACUAAGUAGCUAGCCAGUGAUCUAAUUUAACACGAGCCCUCGCCUUUAGGAUCAGUUAGCUUCAGCAAGGCACUCGGGACCGCUCUAACCGGCAUUUGACAACCGUCAAAGGGACGCGACAAAGAUGUCGAAGGACACGGAAGGAAAAGGCGAGAAAAUCAUGGAUAUGGAGAGCAAGGUGUUGUGGUACCCGGACUCCAAGAGGAACACACAGAUGGACAAAUUUAGGAUACAGGUCAACGGGGACUACGGACUUAAUCUAGCCAACUACAAUGACCUGUACCAGUGGUCGGUGAACAGCUACCCAGAGUUUUGGGGAGAGGUGUGGCGCUUCUGUGGAGUAGUCAGCUCCAAACCUUAUGAAGAGGUUGUGGAUGUAUCCAAACGGAUCUCGGAUGUACCAGAGUGGUUUAAGGGAGCACGGCUCAACUACGCUGAGAACUUGCUCAAACAUGCAGACCAGGACAAAGUAGCUCUUUAUGCUGCAACGGAGGCAAAUGAUGAGAUAGUGAAGGUGACGUACGGGGAGCUGAGGCGUGAUGUGGCGUUGUAUGCUGCAGCCAUGAGGAAGAUGGGUAUCCAGACUGGAGACAGGGUUGUAGGCUACCUACCCAACAGCAUCCAUGCAGUGGAGGCCAUGUUAGCAGCAGCCAGCAUUGGAGCCGUUUGGAGCUCUACAUCUGUUGACUUCGGAGUCAAUGGUGUUCUGGACAGGUUCUCCCAAAUCCAGCCCAAGCUGAUCUUCUCUGUGGCCGCUGUGGUUUAUAACGGCAAAACACAUGACCACAUGGAAAAGCUCACCACUGUUGUCAAAGGUCUGCCUGACCUGAAGAAAGUCGUGGUCAUUCCCUACGCUCGCGCCAAGCAUGAGGCUGACCUCUCCAAGAUCCCCAACAGUGUGUUCAUAGACGAUUUCUUGGCAUCAGGGCGUGGCGAAUUGGACCAGUUUCCUCAGCUAGAGUUUGAGCAGCUUCCAUUCGGUCAUCCUCUGUUCAUCAUGUACUCUUCGGGCACCACGGGGGCUCCUAAAUGCAUGGUCCACUCUGCUGGGGGCACGCUCAUCCAACACUUGAAAGAACACAUUCUCCAUGGCAAUAUGACCAGCAGUGAUGUCAUCAUAUACUACACCACGACCGGCUGGAUGAUGUGGAACUGGCUGGUGUCUGCUCUGGCAGUGGGAGCCUCAGUGGUUUUAUAUGAUGGUUCACCACUAAUGCCCUCGCCCAAUGUACUGUGGAACCUGACAGACCAGCUGAGCAUCACGAUCUUUGGGACAGGCGCCAAGUGGUUGUCUGUGCUGCAGGAGAGGAGCCUGAAACCCGGGGAAACACACAACCUCCAGUCUCUCCACACCAUCCUGUCUACUGGAUCUCCUCUCAAACCUCAGAGCUACGACUACGUUUACCGGUGCAUCAAGAGCAACGUGCUACUGGGCUCCAUCUCAGGCGGUACUGACAUAGUGUCGUGUUUCAUGGGUCAGAACCCAACAGUUCCAGUUUAUCGCGGCGAGAUCCAAACAAGAAACCUUGGCAUGGCUGUGGAGGCCUGGAGUCUUGAUGGUAAACCUGUAUGGGGAGAGAGUGGGGAGCUUGUCUGCUUGAAGCCAAUCCCUUGCCAGCCAACACACUUUUGGAAUGACGACAAUGGGAGCAAAUACCACAAAUCGUACUUUUCCUCAUAUCCUGGGGUGUGGGCGCAUGGAGACUACUGUAAAAUCAACCCAAAGACAGGAGGCAUCGUCAUGCUGGGCAGAAGUGACGGAACACUGAAUCCCAACGGAGUCCGAUUUGGCAGCUCAGAGAUCUACCACAUUGUGGAGGCGUUUGAGGAAGUGUCAGACAGUCUUUGUGUUCCUCAGUACAAUGCAGAUGGAGAAGAGCGAGUAAUUUUGUUCUUAAAGAUGGCACCUGGCAAGCCCUUCUGUCCGGAGUUGGUGACAAAGAUUAAAGGAGCCAUUAGAAAAGCGCUGUCUGCCCGACAUGUCCCUGCUGUGCUGCUAGAGACCAGAGACAUUCCCUACACCAUCAGCGGUAAGAAGGUGGAGGUGGCUGUGAAACAGGUGAUUGCGGGCCGAGAGGUGGCGCAGAGAGGAGCUUUCUCCAACCCUGAUUCACUGGACCUCUACAAGAACAUUCCUGAACUGCAAAAUUAUUAGACAUAAGGAACUGGAGAGAGGACCUGCAGCAGAGAACCAGAGAUUUCAAAUUAACUUCAUUCAUAUUUACAGGUGCAGAGAAACAGGGGUUGCAUGGGCACUGCAGGUCAGAAAAAAAGGAAUACAUAUGUAUGACAUAAUGAUACAAAGCUGGUACAAAUAUUGCAGAUAUAAUAAGUCUAUGGUAUCAGGAAAAUGGGAGACUGUAAAUAUGUUAGGUGUAUCGCUCCAUAGCUUUCAGUGAGCCAGCAGCUGCUCUCAGUCUACCAUAUUGUGCAAGUAAAUGUUGAACUGGAUUCAGCUUUGGAUGUAAUAUGAUGAGCAUAGCAGCGCUUGUGAAUAAGCUCUUGCUCUGAAGCCAACAACAAUGGACAAGUGAAAUUUAGCAUCAAGCACUUUGGCUUCACAGUCUGAUUGCUAUCAGCCAGUGAGGAACCACAUGUCUCUCUGUCACCUGCUUUAACCCCCCGGUGUUGGUUCUGAGUGGGUGCCAGGUUGAAAAUCCAUGGAAGUGUGGAGAUAAACACACACACCUGGGAUUAACACCUCAUCUUUUGCUCAUGUCGCCAUAUCAUUGUUGUGUGGUGUGUGUUGCUUUAUAAAUUGUAUAUAAAUGAAUAUAUAUUUUUGGACUGCGAAUCCCGGUCUGGGCCCUUCUGUGUGGAGUUUGCAUGUUCUCCCUGUGCCUGCGUGGGUUUUCUCCGGAUACUUCGGCUUUCAUCCACAAUCCCAUAAAACAUGCACAUUAGGUUAAUUGGCUACUCUACAUUGCCCCUAGGUGUGAGUGUGAGAGUGUGUGGUUGUCUGUCUUUGUGUGUCAGCCCUGUGACUGACUGACGACCAGUCCAGGGUGUACCCCGCCUCUCGCCCCUAGUCAGCUGGGAUAGGCUCCAGCCCCCCGCGACCCUGACGGAUAAGCGGUAUAGGAUGGGAUAUGGAUGGAUGGGCGAAAAUUAUGCAUUGAAAGAUAAUAACCCAAACCAUUCAAAUUGAGAUUUAAAGGAUUGUAAAAUGUCAGGAGUUGUAGUUUGAAUAAAUGAAAUUGAUUUCAGAUGCAACAACACAAAAAGUACUCAAACCCUCAUUUGACUUUGUAACCUGCAAUUCUGUUUCAUUCCACUCGAGACAUCAAGACAUGAAGCUCAAGUAUGAUCUGAAAGCAAGCAAAGGUCCAUUUCACUACAAAAGCCUGUAUUUUUUUUUUUGUUCCAUGUCUAUGUUGCAUAUUUUUCAUAACUCUAAGAAAAUGUGUCUCUUCGGGUAACUGCAGUACAGCCUGUUGUUACUUUGAACAUGGGAAAUCUUAUUUAUUUAUUCAAAAUUUCCUCAUGCUGAAACCUACUUAAUGCUAUCAAAGAUGAACUGCAGUGGUUUUGGUCAUUAGUAGCACUACUGAGCAACGUUUCAUGUUGUGAGGAAUAAAGGAAAAAAAAAUCUUAUCAGAAUUGUGGAGAAAUCACAGACAUAAAUGCAAGAGAAACAUUUGGUCUUUGGAGAAAAAAACAAUCUGGAGGGAGUAUUUUCAUACAGAGGUAGCACUUUUCUUUCUGGACUUUUUGUGGUUUUUAAGGAUUAUUGGUUUUUGGAUUUUUAACAUGUUUAAGGUCUAAAUGUUAUAAAAUCAGCUGAAAACUGUACUUCAUCUUUAAUGUCACUGUUUAGAUUGAAUAAAUUUCCUCUUUAAAGGGGCCCUGUGGAGUUUUUAACCACUAGUAGUGCUAUAGGGCAAUGUUUUGAUAAAUGGGUGCACAAACACACAAACACAAAUGUGACGGGAUGCGUAUUCCUGCCAGUGGUGUUGCACCAUUCAAUUUUUUAACAUUUUUUAGGCUUUGAGGAGGCACACAAUAAUACAGUGUAUGUAGUUAAUUAUUGUGAUUAACAAGAAAACUCCACAGGGUACAUUUUAAAGUCUCAAACAUGCAUAAGUUCUCUCUCAUAGAGACAGGGUUCACAAUUAGGUAACUGUGCGCUUUGCACUUUAGUACUCUGCGACUUUGUUCAUGAUAUCCAAAUCUGGUGAAACAUGGCUGAUUUUCUGUUCCUCUCUGCAAUACGCUCUGCAUCAAGCAUUUCUCAUAAUAAGCCAAGAAUUUGCUGACAUAAUUCUGGGUGUGUCACAUAUAAAUUGUUUGUAACUGGUUCUUCCAUGUCUGCCUAUAGUGAAUUGAUAAUGUAAUUUUUACUUGCUUUGGUGUGGCAAGAAACUUAACAGAAUCAAAUAUGAUGAGUGUCUUUUAUCUUUUUCACAGUAGAUUGUUUUUUUCGUUCACACAACAGCAUGUCUAUUGCUAGUUAAUGUUGGAAGUUGGCAGCCAAAAAUGAGUUUGAACUCUUCAUUUGCGCACAGUUUUUCCUAAAAUUGUGUACCCAAGGAGAUUUUGAUGCAAGCACGGGUGCAUUUUCUGCUUGACAGCUGUCAGCUACCCAAUAAAGUAAAGCCAGUCUGAGA